UUUAAAAAUAUUUCAACUUCUGAUGAUUCAGAUUUUGAUAGAGAUGAUAGUGCUAUAAAAAAAUAUAAAUUUAAACAUGCUCCUUCUCCGCCACUUAUCUUGUUUCGAUCAGAAAAUAAUAAAGUAAAACAAUAUCAAAACAAUAUUAUCACAGAUAGCAAAACAAAAAAAUUUGAAAGAUUACAGAAAAAUAAACAAUUAGAAAAAAAAAUGACGCAAUGUUGACAUUUUCUAAAAAUCAUAAAUCUAAAAAGGAUCUCUUACUUACAAAAAUAUGUCAAGCAAGGAAGAUAACUUCAGUUACGGAUAACAAAACAAAAAUCAUAGAGAUUGCAAGAGAAAAACAGAAAUGUUUAAUAGAAGAUAAUAUGGAUUCUGAUAAUGCUACAGAAGAAAAUAUUGAUCCUAAUAUUCCACGAGAGGACGAUUUUUCAAUGAAAGUUCAGGAUAUGUCAUCAAAUAAAGAUGUAUCUCCAAGUACAAGUGCAAGAUCGAUAAAUAUAGAGACACCAGAAUUACGUCAAAAGAGUCCAGUUACUUCACAUGUGACAGCUGUAACUACACCGAGUCCAUCUUGUAGAUCAAGUAACAUAUAUGACUUUGUACCUUUUAAUUUUUUCUAA